ACACAGGACCAAGAUGACUAUUGUUGUCCAAGAGCGGAUUCAAGGCGUUCUGCCCAAAUACGCGAAGGAGAAACACCUCGCCGCAACCGCAGCACCUUGUUUUCUCGCAACAUAGAGCCGGGAAGCAGAGGGUGGAGGCAGGAGGCAGGAGGCAGACCACAGCUGGUGGUGGUGAACGGAGAGGGAGAAGGCAGAAGCCAGGCAGCUCCGCUCAGGAGGAAGGAGAGCAGAGAGGAGGCAUGCUGUCACAGGGAGCUGGGUUUUCCUCCGGAGAGCCAUGGAGGACGGCGAUGUGACAAUGCGGGGCUCGAUCUCUUUUUACGCACCAGCUGGUCGGAAAUAGCGCGCAAUCGACGGGUGAGGACGGGACAGGAGGAGCACUUGGAACCACAGCCUUUAUUAAUAGGAGGGAAUAAGAGGAGACAAUCCCAAAGUCAAUGAAUAUUGUGGCAAAGGAGCCCUCACGGUGGAGUCGGCCAGUGCUGCGCUUUUCCAAAAUAUGACCAGAGGUGCUUGGAUGUGUCGGGAAGAAGAUGACGCUUUAAGAGUCUGGUUCGCAGCCCGAGUGAACGAGAAGCCGUUCGCCGAUCCGGAGAGGGCCCAGAAAUGGCGACUGUCCCUGGCGUCGCUGCUCUUCCUCACGGUUCUGCUCUCUGACCACUUGUGGUUGUGCGCCGAGGCGAAGCUGAAGCCGGACGAGCUGUCACCGAGGGACGCGGGCGAGCAGCCGGCAGCGAGUCACAUCCACCCAGCAGCCAGCCUCCAUUCCCCAGCCAGCAGCAGCAGUGGCGGCAGCAGCAGCAGCAGCAGCAGCAGCCUGAGAAGAAACGAAAGCGUUCUUCUUGUAAGGGGCUCCACGGAGGCUCUGUGGACACAGGGAACUUGUCACCCCGACAGUUUAUCAAAGAACUGCUUCACUUUUGGCGACGCCGAGACUCUGUGCAAGGGCCUCUCCAGCGCGCAGGGGGUAGAUUUCAAUUUAAGCGAUUUGUACCUUUCUUUUUGUAACACCUACUCUCUUUUGGAUUUGUUCUACGGGUUGUCGAGCGCGGACAGUCUCAACUGCAGCCUUGACAUGGUCGCGGAUGGUGAUGUGCUGGGAUGCAGCCGGUGCGUCCAGGCGUACCAGCGCUCUGACCGGCGUGCUCAGGAGCAAUACGAAGACUUCGAGGUCAUGGUUCAGAAAUACGUAACGGAUGUAUAUUCCGUGAGAACAUGCAUGGACGAAUGCAAGAUGGUCUACAAGCCCUGGCUGUGCUCCCAGUACUUCCAGACGACACAGAUGCAUUGCAGCAACAAGAUCCCGUGCAAGCAAUACUGCCUGGAGGUCCAGAAGAGGUGCCCAUUUAUAUUGCCAGAUAAUGAUGAUCUCAUUCAAGGAGGAAGCCCGAGUUUUAUAUGUACAGGGCUUUCAGACCGUCAGGGGUCCAGUCCUGAGACAGAGUGCUGCGACGUCCGAUGGGACUUUCGACCCGACAACCGCUCUAAUGGGACAGUGAAAAGGACUCAUCCCUCGUGCCACCACAAGACUUCAGUCACCACCUCCACAGCUUCCAGACUGUGCAACAGCAGACUGAAACUCUGCAUCUUAGUUCUGGUCCUUUUGCAGACCCUCAGCACUUUGACUGCAGCACAGAGCUCCUCAGGACUUGACCUAAGAGGCGUGACCCCCGGGGAGGACAAUGCCGCCAAUGAGGAGUGACGGCAAUACCUUGUUGGGAAGAGAGGUGCGACCAGUCCGACGGGAGCCUUCCAGGUGUGCCCAGAACAAGCCUCUGUGGCUGUGGGAGAAUCGACAUCUGGCAAAGCCUUCCAGCCAACUGAACAGAAGACCGAUCGGGGACUGAAGAGGAACAAAAACUAAGACGAACAAGACAAUGCCGCUGCCUUUGUUGUGUCAAAGGCUUCCCUAGGACUGAGUUCUCUCACGCCAUUUUAUACAUUAUGCUUAAAUUUUCAAUUUCUUUUGCUCUAGACUAUAUCAGGAUUUUAUUUAUGUCUUCAGAUAUAUUUUUUUGUUAAUGGGUAUUUGGGUGGAACAGGGACAAUUGUGGGUAGUUAUUCAUAGGUAUCAAAAAAGAAAAGGUGAAUUUCUCAAGAUGGUUGCUCUUCUAUUGUAGUUUUUGUAAAGCUACAUACAAAUGCUGCUGCUUUAACAAUCGGGGGUUUACUGUUAUUGUGUCCAGUAUACACAUGGUCAACCCGCAUGCGCCUACACGAACAGACACACACGCACACACAGACACACACACACACACACGGACACACGCAGGAGUACGCCUAUUGCUACACGUUCUCAGCUCAUCUUACACAAAAAGUCAAGUUCUUCAGCUUUCCACAACUUCUCUGCUCCUCGGUCCCUACAGAAUCAUCAGGAAGGCCCGGGACGGGACGGGCUCUGAGUUCUGAGCGUUCUCAUGCAUCUCAGAGGUUCCAGUGACCCUUUAGAGGGAGAUCAGACAAACGCAGGGUCUGAGACAUCAUCAUCUCAGUCAUAUUAACAGCCC